UACAUAUACCCCACUUUGACUCUUGACUUGUCUGCGCUUGCGGGCACCGGCAACGAUCGACGCGCAAAGUGGAGCUCGUGAGUAAUUAGUUGCAGCAGGUUAAGAAGUCGUGCACGAAACCUCUCCCAGCAGCUUGGCCCCCGAUAGGAGAGCGUUUGCGGCGUGCCUUGAGUAUCGGGUGAACCAGGCAACUUCGGAAGCCCUCAGGUCGGGGGGCAAAGGAAGAGAAUCAUACCCCCCCCCCCCCAAAAUCUGGAAUUGAACGACGACAAGCACGACAAACCGCGCUGGCAAGGAUUCGAAGAUUCGACCACCUCGAUCGAGGUAAGCUUCAGCACACAGUUCAGAGACAUGUGGUCUGGAGCUGCCAUGCCAAGUCUCGUAGCUGCGAAGAGCUGCGCCAGCGAGGUGGCAUCUCGAUUCGUCACGCAACGGCGGGUGUGCGUGCGUCGCAAUAGCAAGAGUUUCGGUCGGCGAAGGCUCGUGGAUUUGGAGUCACUGAGCCCGAUCAGAAAUCACACCUCGGCAGCAUCUAGCCAUGCGUCUGCAAGCGGCCUAGCGGGCUUGCCACACUUUACGCUGUACACAGGCACAGGCUGCAGCUUGUGCGAUGUUGUCAAGGACCAAUUGCAACGUCUCUCGAUUCAGCAUCCACACGUACUGACGCUGUACAAUAUUCGCGAUGAUGAAAACGUCAAUGUCAAGUACUGGAGGAGACUGUACCAAUACGACAUUCCUGUUCUGCACCUUGAGGGCCAAGAGGUAGCGCGGCAUUCCGUAUCCGAUGAGAAGUUGUUGCAGAUUCUCACAGACGCAAACGCAGCGCAUUACUCCGAGACACAGGAGGCUUUUAGACAAGAGCGGCUCCGUCACAGUCCUGAUCAUUCUUUCUGAGCGUCGCUGUUCGCGAGACCACUCCGGCCUUUCGGCAGAGACUGGCACUUGGCUUCUGAUGCGAGUAUCGAAGCGCUUCAAGAACAUCAUGGGCAGGACUGUGCGCCAUUGCAUGCGCUUUGUUUGCGGUGACUGCGUUGCAAUUAAACAAUUCAAGCGUACCAACACCAAUCACCAAGAUUCCGAAC